CUUAUACUGUAAUGGAAGAAAGUUACUGAAAUGAGUGAAUUAAAGUGAUUAAAUACAAUUGAUAUUAAAAUAUAUUCAAGCUACGAUUUACGGCUUCCAAAAUGGCUGCUAAAUUCCUGAAAAAACGGGAAGUAGCGAAGCUUGUUACUGAAAACAGGCAGCCUUGUAUUUUCUGCAAUCAGGAUGUGGACGAUGAAGUGAUUUUCGGCAAAUUAUACUCUUAUGGUGAUAUACAAUGUCAUUACUUCUGUGUGCUGUUAUCCUGCUGCCUGGUGCAGAAGGGUCGGGACUCGGAAGGCCUGUUUGGUUUCCUGUACAAGGACAUACUGGCUGAGGUGGAGCGGAGCAAGAAACAUAAAUGUUCGUACUGCGGGCGCGGCGGCGCCAGCCUGGGGUGCUCGGCGGCGGCGUGCCGCAAGCAGUUCCACCUGCCGUGCGGCCGCCAGAAGAAUGCUGUCUCGCUCUUCUACGGCAAUUAUAAAUCGUUCUGCGAAGUCCACGCUCCGAAGCAGAAGAUAUCAGACGCCGUGAUGGCGAAGGCCAAGGAGCGGAUGAAGAUCGAGAAACUGAAGAAAGCGGGCAAGAUACCCGCCAGUGGGCAAGGAAACCAACAGGCCGAGAGUCCAGAGGACCCGGCGCUGGUGUGCGUGAUCUGCUACGAGCCGGUGCCGGCGUACCCGGGCACGCAGACCUUCUGGCCGCCGUGCUGCGGCCGCGACGCCUGGCUGCACCGCACCUGUCUCCAGCGGAUGGCUCUAAGCGCGGGCAUGCACUACUUGAAGUGCCCACUGUGCAACGACAAGGACAACUUCUACGAUGCUGUGUGCGAGCAAGGCUACUAUCUGCCAGACCGCGAUGCAGCUUGGGAGUUGGAGCAGAACGCAUUCGCGGAGAUAUACAGUCGGGAGGCGUCGUGCGCCGCCCCGGAGUGCCGCUGCCCCUUCGGGCGGAGCCACGACGAGCUCGGCACUUGGGACAUCAAGCUGUGCCUGCUGUGCGGCAGCUGCGGGCAGCACGCGGGCUGCGCCGCCGCGCGCGCCGUGUGCGGCGCCUGCGCGCCCGCCGCGCAAGGGAUCGAGCGGCUGGAGGCCAAGCUCACGGAAGUGAUGCUGGCGGAGCAGGCGCAGACGGCGCAGCGCGCGCGCAGCGGGCCCGUCAUGCCGAGCCGCAUGUCCCUGCGCCGCACCAAGGGCCGGCUACAGACACACAGCCAACCAACCAACCACCACCAACCAACAACCACCAACCAACCAACCACCACCAACCAACCAGCCAACCAACCACCACCAACCAACCAACCACUACCAACCAACCAACCACCACCAACCAACCAAUCACCACCACCACCACCACCACCACCAACCAACCAACCAACUGCCGAAAUUCUAUGUGGAAAUGCUUCAAGUUCAUCACAAAAUUUGCCGAGUCACGAAACUCAAAUCAAGACUGAAUCACGACCCACCGACCGUGUGGACCUGAACCUGAAGACCCCCCGCCGGCCCAAGCUCCUCGCCCCUACCCCCAAGGAGCCAGAGUCUAGACUCCUCACCCCUACCCUCAAGGAGCUGGAGUCCAGACUCCUCUCCCCCAUGAAGCUGCUGGAGCAGACGUACCUGGAGAAGGGUGGGGGGGACGUGGUGCCCGGGGAUGUGCUGGAGACGAUUCGGCUGCGGUUCAGCAAGCCGAGGCCGCUCAGUGCGAAGAAGAAGAUUGUCAAUGAGAUCUUAGACGACCUAUUCAAGAAUGUCUUCAAGGAAAACCAGAAGAGCAAAGACCCGGUCCGGGAGUGGCACUCACCCAAGAAAUCCUGUGACAUCACUGCCGACAUGAACCAAGCAGUAAAGGAAUUUAUGGAGCCAACUCUUAAGACGAAUGAAGAGGUUCAACAAAAUACAGAAGAAAAGUCCAAGAAAGCUGAUGAAGGCGGUGGAAAUCAACAUGAAAAUGAUAGAGAAAACAUAGAAGAUAAAUCAGAUAUACUUGAUGAAAACUCAAGUGAUAAAGAAAACAAUAUAAAUCAUAACAAUGGAAACGACGAUAAAAGCGAUGACGAAUCGUCAUCUAGCACCUUCCGAUUGCCUUCAGAAUUUAUAGCCGACAGUGAUGACAGCUUGCCAAUCAUCGACACACCGAAAAAACUCAAAAUGGUGGACAUUAAACAAGACUCCAUUGAAAUAUCGAAGAAAGAUGAGAUAGUUAACAUAGACGUAGUGCAAAUAGGAAGCGGCAAAGAAAAGGAGUUUGUGAAAAACUUAGAUUUGAAGAGUCCUGUUAAGAAUAAGAUGUUUUCGUUUAAAUUCAGUCCGUUGGACAAAGAGCCUUUGAAAAAUGAUGUAGAUAUGGACGUUGAGAGUUUUAAAGACCAGUACCUGAAUGAGGUAGAUAGGGACAAAUGUGUUAAGCAUUCUACAGAAGAGAGAAAGAAAGUUGAUUCGACUGGCAAAAAAUGUAAGAAGAGAAAAUUAGAAAUGACAGAAGAAGUACGUAAGAAAAGAAAGAAAGACGGUAAACGGAAGGAUGGUGUGAAACAUAAGAAAAUUAAACUCAAAAUAAAGGUAAUAGAUCCGGAAAAAGGACAGAAGAGAAUGAAAAAGAUGAAGAAAAUGAAAGAACCUAAGAAAAUAAUAAGAGAUAAGCAUGUAAGCAUUAAAAUAAGACUAAAGGAUGGAAAUAAGUGUAAAGCGAAAAAAUCCAAGAAAUUACAGAAGGUAAAGAGUUAUAAGCAGUAUGUGUUGAAAUAUUCGCCAUUACUGAGCAGUAAUAUUGCCAAGCCGGAGACAGAUGUUACUCCAAUGAAGAGGAAAUAUACGAAGAUAGAGAAGUCACCGUCGGACAAGCUAGUUCAGACUUCUAUACAGAGUUUCUUUAAAGCGAAAUAGACUCCGACCACGCCAAGUUUGCACUAAGUUGGGAGUAACAAUCUCCUUGGAUUUCACGGGCCUGUACAUCCCGGUCGUUUGAUAGGCUUGCGUGGGGAUAUAGAUCCAACACGGAGAGGCCCCUUGGAGAGCUUUAAUGUCAUGUAGAACGCCUGCUGGAACCCGUUCACAGGCGCAACAAUAGACACCCAUGAACCGGUCGCAGCAGGCAUUGGGACCAUUGUAGAAAAAGUGAACAGUAUACUGGUCUAUAGAUUGAAGUUUGGGUGGACAAUGAGACUGGGCUAUUGUAGAGAGGUCGGACACCUGCCAUAACAAUGUUUUACACGUUAUCAAGGCAGGCGGUUACCGCUGACUAGAUGGGCCCCUGAAACUGCCGUCGCGAAGACGACCAGGAGCAACAUCAUCAAUCUUAUAUUACGGCGCCCUUCCACACACUUUCAUCCAUCGGGAUCUUAUGUGUAUUCGCCCCCUCGAGAGCUCCCUUUAGUCUACCCAAGAGCUUUCUUGACCGUUGACCGUCAUAAUGUGUCGAAUUAUGGAGCUCAAUGUGUGAACUUUGAAUUCCUUUGGUUCCAGAUAGCCUUUACUCUCCGUAUAAAAUUAGUGUACCUAGCCUGACUAGAUAUGAGUUUAAAACCAUAGGCGCUGAUAAUCUGAGGGGGUAAGAGACAGGUGCGAGUCAAACUCGCCCACCGAGGGUUUCGUACAAAAACUGCUUUACGAACUUGUAAUUUUCAUAUUUUUCCCUGUACUUGUAGUAUAAGACGAUAUUAUUUGCCAAAUUACAUAAUUCUAGGCCAACGGAAAGUAUCCCAUAAAUGUCGAUUUCCUUGAGAGUGUCGAGAUAAUUAAAUGGUGAGACUUGAAUAGACUGACGGAAAACAAAAUCCUAAAAACACCUAUGUGCCUUUAUAUAUUAUACAGUUAUACAAUUUAAAGUAUACAAACAAUAAUGUGUAGUUUUUUUAAUUGAUAUUUGAAUAAACUAGUUCUAUAUAUUAUAUCUGCAGAUGUAGUGCAUAAUUAUUUUCCAUAGUUUUUUCACACGUACGAACAUGUCUUGCUAUUUCAGUCAGUCUCGGCACAAAAAGUACUGAGGUUGACUGAAGUAGCAUGACAAAUACGAACGUUUCCGAGAAAACACGAUGGAAAACAAUUAUGCACUACAUCUGUAAUUUGGAUCGUGAUUUUCGGAUAGCCCAUUUCUUCAUGAUGUCUUUAAAAACGUCCAAAACUAUGUUAAGCUAAGUUAGUUUUGAAAAAUAACUAAAAUAAGUAGUAUUACAGUGUUUCUUAAUAUUUAAUUUUAAAUUUAUUUAGAUUGUAUGCCUAAUUAUAAGAUAUUUAUAUAGAGUUGUUAAUGUGUUCCAUCUAAUUUAAUAUGGAUAUAAAUUUAUUAUGAUUUUUUAA